AUGGAGAUCGCCAUGGGGGCUAUUGGCCCUCUCCUCCCGAAGCUCGGCAAGCUGCUCAUCGGCGAGCUCACCAUGGAGAAACGAGUGAGGAAAGGCAUCGAGUCUAUUGUGACAGAGCUCACACUGAUGCAUGAUGCCCUCUGUAAGGUGGCGGAAGUGCCGGCGGACCAGCUUGACAAGGGGGUGAAGAUCUGGGCAGGAAAGGUCAAGGAGUUGUCCUAUCAAAUGGAGGACAUUGUCGAUGCUUUCAUGGUGCGUGUGGAGGAUGGUGGCGAGCCUGCCAACCCGAAGAACAGAGUCAAGAAGAUACUCAAGAAGGUCAAAAGAUUAUUCAAGAAUGGCAAGGAUCUCCAUCGGAUCUCUGAUGCUCUGGAAAACGUGGUUCUUCAAGCUAAGCAGUUGGGCGAGCUGCGCCAAAGGUAUGAGCAAGGGAUGCGAGAUCCUACCACUAGUGCUAGUAUUGACCCUCGCAUGAUGGCCCUAUACAAAGAUGUGUCGGAACUCGUAGGCAUUGAAGAAACACGAGAUGAGUUGAUCAACAUGUUGACUGAAGGUGAUGAUUGGUUGAAGCAUCCAUUGAAGACGGUCUCUAUUGUUGGAUUUGGUGGGUUGGGCAAGACAACUCUUGCCAAAUCAGCAUAUGACAAGAUCAAAGGGCAAUUCGAUUGUGAUGCUUUCAUUUCAGUUUCUCAGAAUCCCGACAAGAAGAAAGUCUUCAAGAAUAUUCUCUAUCAACUUGACAAGAACAAGUAUGCACACAUUCGUGGCGAAGAAUGGGAAGAAAAUCAUUUGAUCGAUGAAAUCAUCGAAUUCCUUAAUGGCAAGAGGUACCUUGUCAUAAUUGAUGACAUAUGGGAUAAAGAAGUGUGGAAAUUAAUCAAGUGUGCUUUCUCCAAGAAGAGUCCUGGAAGCCGACUAAUUACGACAACCCGCGUCGUUAGUGUCUCUGAAGCAUGCUGCUCUUCUAGGGAUGAUAUCUAUAAAAUGAAACCUCUUUCUGAUGAUGUAUCAAGAGUGCUCUUCUAUAAAAGAGUAUUUUCUCAAGAGAAUGGGUGUCCUCAAGAGUUGGUGCAAAUAUCCGAAGACAUUUUGAAGAAAUGUGGUGGCAUACCAUUAGCUAUUAUUUCUAUAGCAAGUCUCCUGGCUAAUAAUAAUCAGAUAAAAACAAAGGACCAAUGGUAUACUUUGCUCAAUUCCAUUGGUCGUGGACUCACGGAAGAUCAAAGUUUGGAGGAGAUGAAAAAGAUAUUAUUAUUCAGCUAUUAUGAUCUACCCUCAUAUCUGAAACCUUGUUUAUUAUAUCUUAGCAUCUUCCCAGAAGAUCACGAGAUUAUGAGAGAUAGGCUGAUAUGGAGAUGGAUAUCCGAAGGUCUUGUUUACAGUGAUAGACAAGAAACUAGCUUAUAUGAGCUCGGUAAUAGCUACUUCAAUGAGCUAGUGAAUAGAAGUAUGAUCCAGCCGAUAGGCAUUGAUGUUGUAGGAAAUGUAGAAGGUUGCCAUGUACAUGACAUGGUGCUUGACCUUAUAUGCUCAUUAUCAAGUGAAGAAAACUUUGUCACAAUACUAGAUGACACCAGAAGAAAAAUACCUAACUCAGAGAUCAUGGUUCGCAGAUUGUCCAUUCAAAAUAGCAAGAUAGAUGUGGAAACCACUAGGAUGGAGCAUAUCAGAUCUGUUACCAUUUUCACAAGUGAUGUUGUUGGGAAAGUGUUGGAUAUUUCAAGUUUCCAAGUUCUGCGCGUGUUGGAUUUAGAAGGCUGUAAAAAUGUCUCGGAUGUUGGGUAUGUGGGGAAUCUGUUGCAUUUGAGGUACUUGGGGCUAAAUGGUACUCAUGUUAAGGACCUUCCCAAGGAAAUAGGGAAGCUGAAGUUUUUGCUUACCUUGGACUUAAGAGGUUCUAAGAUAGAAGUACUGCCAUCGAGUGUUGUUCAACUAAGACGUCUAAUGUGCCUGUAUGUUGAUUAUGAUAUGAAGCUGCCAUCUGGAAUAGGUAACCUGACUUCCCUAGAAGUGCUAGAUGAGCUGGGGUUAUCUGACGUGGACCUUGAUUUUGUGAAAGAAUUGGGCCAUCUGACCAAGCUCAGGGUGCUCGAGCUUGACUGCAAUGGUUUUGAUGAGAGCCUGGGUAGAGCUUUGGAGGAAUCUAUUAGUAAUAUACGCAAACUGGACAGUCUAGAUCCUUUAUAUGUCUUUCUUGGACUCAUCAAUUGCCUGAGCGAAGAUUGGGUGCCUCCUCCACAACUCCGUAGAUUGGCUUUCCCGUCAACUCAAAGUUGGUUCAAGACAUUGCCGUCAUGGAUUAAUCCUUCAUCGCUUCCUCUCCUCUCCUAUCUGGAUAUAACGUUGUUUGAAGUGCGAUCGGAGGUUAUCCAACUUCUUGGGACUCUGCCUGCUCUUGUUUAUCUUCAGAUAUGGAAUUAUUCUAUUAUGUCCGAAGAAGCGCAUGCGAUGGUAGCGCCCGUCCUUUCCUCUGGUGCUGCGUUAUUCCCAUGUGCGACGGAGUGCCGCUUCUGUAGUAUUGGUGCCAUGCCAUCAAUGUUUCCACGAGGAGCGGCGCCAAGGCUUAAACGCCUUGUGUUCACCUUCGCAGCCAAGUGGAUCUCCCGUGAAAACAUUGAUCUGGGCAUGCGGCAUCUCCCUUCCCUCCAGCAAGUCAGUGUUGACUUUAUCGAGGGGGGAGCUAGCCGUCAGGAGGUGGAUGAAGCAAAGGCUGCGCUGAGGGCCGCAGCGGAGGACCACCCCAACCGUCCCGCCCUUGAUAUAUGGUGACGCAUGCAAAGGGAAAGGUACAUACACAUCAUCUGAUGACGCAUCAUAUGUGCAUUGUCUCCGAUGUUCAUUGCUCUUUCUUUGUUUCACGCGGACCAAGCGAUUGAGGCUCGCGAGUUUCAGGCAGCCGGCCGGAGUGCUUAGGACGAUUCGUCGAAUCUUGCACCCAGGUAGCAUGAGCUAAUAAAUUUCGUCGACAUGGACUCAAUCGCGCGUGCCUUAAACUCCGGUGCCAUUUCUUUUUCAACCAAUACAGUCGAGCACACUGCGUUUGCCUUGCUGUUUGAUCUGUCUUUAUUCCGCACCGAGAUGAAGCUCUCAUUCUGUCCACCACCCAUGUCUGAAGUCUCUUCUUGCUUCCGUCAAUUCAACAACAAUCAAGUUUGUAGGGCGCCCCCUGCAUCUUGCCCUGAUGAACCAUUAGUUAUCAUGUAUUGAUGAUGUCUGGUUUGGAUGCUCUCCAGCAUUGUUCAUUACACUCCUUUAUUUGUAACAACUUUAUUUCAGACUCGAUGUUUAUUCCAGACUCGUAAACUGUAAUGUCAGAGUUCAGUUUGUAAUAUGGUCUGAAGUUUAUCUUCCAUCUGUCA